GAAUCGCCGUCAUAUGGGUGUCAUUCCUUUUAGCGGCGUUUGUCUGAAAACGUGUUUUUUUCUUCACACGUGUUUGAGAAUAGUUUUCAUUAAUUUUGUAAUAUUUCUGAAAUACAAUGGCUGAUGUUGCAGAUAAGCCCGUUGAAGAAGUGAAGAACGGUAGUUCAGAAAAGGCGGAAGAGGAGGCAGAAAGUAAAAAUCAGACAGUAUUGGCGGAAGAAAGUGUUGAAGAAAGCAAGAAAGUUGCUGCAGAGGAGGUUGUUGAAGAAAAAGAAAAAGGAGAAGGUGGUGAUGAUGAGAAAGAUCAUAACGCCCAUUUAACCAAAAAAGAGCGGGGAAUAAUACGUCAGGUUGAAUACUACUUCAGUGACGCUAAUUUGCGCCGUGAUAAGUUCCUACUGGAACAGAUCUCCAAAGACGAAGAGGGCUGGGUACCACUUUCAGUCUUGUUAACAUUCAAGCGUUUGUCGUCAUUGUCCACAGAUCCAAGUGAGAUUAUUGAUGCUCUUAUUAAAUCUGAGGAAGGCUUACUCGAAAUCAGCGAAGACAAACAAAACUUGAGACGCCAUCCAGAGCGUCCCAUACCGGAGCAUAACGAAGAGCAACGCAAAGAAAUACAGUCGCGUACUGCUUACGCCAAGGGCUUCCCGCUCGAAACUACCAUGUCGGAGCUGAUCGAUUUCUUUGCUCCUUAUGAAAAGGUGCUGCACAUUACCAUGCGCAAAUACCUUGACAAGCCGAGCAAAUCUUAUAAAUUCAAGGGUAGCGUUUUUGUUACUUUUGAUAAAAAGGAGCAAGCACAGGACUUCAUUGAAAAGGAUAAGGUGGCUUACAAUGAACGUGAACUUCUGCGAAAAUGGCAAGAAAAGUAUUUGGAAGACAAAAAAGAAGAGACAAAGUCUAAGUCAAAGAAGGGUAAAGCCAAGCCAGAAGAGGAAAAGCUAAAAUUGCCCAGGGGAACAGUUGUGUACUUUGAAAACAGCACAGAUGCUGUGACUCGUGAAUUACUGCGUGAAGCAGUAGAAAAAGUUGAAGGCGGUUGGGAAAUUUCAUAUAUUGAUUAUAGCAAAGGUGAUAAAACGGGUCAUAUCCGUUUUGCAGAUGAAAACAAUGGAUCACAGUUCCUUAACAAAUUAAAUGAAAAUAAGUUAAAAGUAAAAGAAGACUUGGAACUUGUAUUGCGCACACUCUCAGAUGAGGAGGAAAAGACGUACUUGGCUAAGGCUGUAGAACAAAUGAAAAGCCGUCGAAGUCAUCACAACAAGAACAAAGGUGGUCACGGAAAUCGCAAGCGUCGCGGUGGUUACGAUAACCGUAAUGACGGAAAGAAAAAUAAGACAGAAGCUGAGUAAAAAUGUCUGGUGCAAAAUGAAUAUUGCAGAAGAUCGGAAAUGUGUGACCGAGAGGGUCAUGUAAAUUAAAGUUUAUAUACAUAUUAUAUGUAAAAAGGAAGCGUAGAAGUAAUAUAAUGCCAUUUAUGAAUUGUACGAAAGAAUUUUAAAAAUUCUUCUCAAUAUCCACUUUUUUAUAAUUUUCGUAAGUUAAAAUAUUGAAUUUCGUACGUUUUUCAACACUAAUUCGUAUGGGUUGUGAAUGCUGAUACUAUUCAAUUGUACGAGUAUUGCAUGCACAUUCGAAAUACUUGAAAAGCAGUUUUCGGCGAUUUAGAUGUAAUGUAUACGUUUUUUUGUUAAUAAGGAUAUUUACAAAAUGUACGUACUGUAAAAAAUCUUUUUAUCAAAGCAAAAACAUUUAUAUAACAUUACGAGUACACAACUAAGUGUAUUCAACCACUGGCACUAAUUCGUCAACAAAAAGUAAAAGUAAAAAUAUUCAUAAAAACGAAAAUAUA